ACGAAAAAAAUCGAAAGGCGUUCAGAACUUUUCGAGAAGUCGAACCGUCAACACAUGUGAGUAUUUGUACGUAUGUACUUAUCGUCUGCUGUAUGAUCGAAUAUCGAAUAGGCGCUUGGCCAUGGAUCGCUGCAUUAGGUUUUCGUAAUCCCCGAAACCCAGACAAACCACUAUGGAAGUGCGGAGGUUCCCUGAUAUCGGCUAGGCAUGUUUUGACCGCAGCACAUUGUGCACAUAUGGAUGGAAUAGAAAACAUACACAAUCAUAAUAUUGUCAUUCUUAGAUUGGUGGAGGAGGUGCCAUUUUCGAGGUACGUAUAUCCCAUUUGUACGAAAGAGCCCCUACGAAAGAGCAACUUCGUCGGCUAUAACCCCCUUGUUGCUGGAUGGGGAGCAUUAAGAUAUAGACGACCACGACGUAAUGCAUUAAUGGAAGUACAAAUGCCAGUGAUUAAGAACGCCGAAUGCAAAAUAGCUUAUUCCAAAUUUCCUAAUGCACCUGAUAUCACUGAUGGUAUAAUAUGCGCCGAACAUGCUCAGGGUGGAGAGGAUUCUUGUACGGCUGACCGCGGCGGACCACUGCUGAUACAACAUGAAUUAACCUCGUAUUUAAUAGGUAUUGUGUCUUAUGCUUAUAAGUGCGGCACAGCUGGGUAUCCCAGCGUUUACACUAGGGUCACAUCGUACCUUGACUUCAUUCUCCAAGCGAUGCAAUAAUAUGAUAUUACUGUUCCAUAAAUAUCAUUGUGUAAAAAACGUAAAGUUGGAUUUUCUUAUUGUGGAGAUAAGAAACAGCUCAAAUUUACAUUGUUUUGUACGUUACAAAUUAUAGGCUUAAAAUGUACGAAAUGUAACUUUGAAACGACACUAAUUUUUUACGCACGAUAAACCUCCACGACUUAGAUUAUAGAUUCCUAUACGACUCUCAGUAAAAAUUUAUCCGCACUCCAGAUAGUUAAAACUUCUGUCGACCGUAUUGAUCCAUCUGCACUCUUCGUAUGACGUCAAUAUCUGUUCAGUGCUGCUGCGCAGGUUUCUUUGUGUUACGUCAAUUCGUU